CUACGCCACAUCCGGCCCUCACAAACAGCUACAUUCAUCCUACUUCCCGACUUGCUUGCCGGUUUGCUUCUUUUGGAAUUAUAUAUAUAUAUAUUUCAUACUAUCUGCAUAACAGGGCUGGUUCUCUGCCAUCACAUUUGGAAAGAGUCCUGGCGAAGUGCGAAGUUGAGAAGCUGCAGUCGCAUGCGCCAGCCAGAAUUUAGCAACCACCACCACCGACAAUAAGCAAACUUCCAUAAGAUACGCUUCAAACUGCGCGUCAAUUACACCUUGCCAAACAUUGGGUGCCCUAAAGCAAACCGCUGUCAUUUGCGCCAACUCUCAAACUCCAAUACCGUUGAAACGAAAGUAAUACAUUCAUAACCAGUUGCGUCACAUUUCAGCAGUUUAUCCGCCAACAUGGGACUAUCAGAGGAACAGAUUCGCCAAUUCAGCACCCAUAUCGAUAAUAUUCUCAGCAAAAGCGACUUGGCAACUAUAUCAGUAAAGAAGGUCCGGAACCAGUUACAAGAGGUCGUCGGCCAGGACUUAUCAGAGCAGAAGUCUGCAGUCAAUGCCUUGAUUGAAGAGCGCUUCGACAAAAUCACUUCCGAGCCCCCGUCUUCGCCAGACGUGCCGAUAUCCAAAGGCCCGAGACCAACAACCAACGGCCACGUCAAGACCGAGGUCAAGGAUGAGAGCACUCCGGAUGACACAGACGGCGGCAGUGCCCCUCCGAAAAAGAAACAAAAGAAACAGUCGGCAGCAGACAGCGAUGCGAAGCUAGCUGCUCUACUCCAGGCGCAAGAGAAUAGCCGAGGCAGGGCCACAAGAGGCGGGGUUAAUAAGAAGCCCGCAAAGGCGAAGUCGACAGUCAAGAAGAAGAAGAGCUCGGCAAAGGUUAAGGCAGCGGACGAUAGUGAUAUCGAGCUGAAUUCAGAUGGGGAGAAGAAGGUGGUCGAACGGAAGGGAGGGUUUCACAAACAAUACGCGCUGUCCGAGCCCCUGGCUGCAUUGGUUGGUGAGCCUCAGUCGUCUCGGCCACAGGUCGUGAAAAAGAUCUGGGCGCAUAUCAAAGGAAACGAUCUCCAGGAUCCGUCAGACAAGCGCCAGAUAUUUUGCGACAACAAGAUGAAGCUUGUUUUCAAGCAAGACACCGUUCACAUGUUCACUAUGAACAAGUUAUUGGGGAAGCACCUGUACGAGGUUGAGGAGCUCGCAGCAGAAGCAGCGGCAGCGCAAAAUUAGCCUGUCCGGUUGAGAGGCAAAUUGGGGGUCAAUGGGGACAAAGGGCCUGGAUAUAUGGCAUUAUUGGGACAUAUGGCGUUGUGCGUUGGCUCAAAAGCUAUUAUGCUGCAUACCCAUCAUUAAUUUGGGGGGAAACACUUUAUGAAUAUUCACUUGGGGGGAGGAUGAUCCAGCAAACACUGGAUAUAGUGGCAGACAUCGGAAUUGAUGAUUUGAAAUCGGACGGUAGCCGCUAGAACUUUGGCCGAGUGACUCCCAUGUGAUUCUACGCCACCCUCUCACACAGGGUAACAAAGGUCAAAUAGCAAGGACAUAAGAUUAAAGUGAGGUG